CUUGUGUCUAGUUCUUAAAAAAAAAAGUUAGUUCUGUUUUUGAAUUUGACAGUUUUUCGGUUGCAUAGUGUUGUGAAGUUAUGUGAUUUGAACUGGUAUCGGUUUUUUAAGUUGGUGAUUGAAUUUUUUUUGAACAUGUCCCGAUUCCUUCUCUUUGUGCUGCUGUCAAGUGUAGCUGCAGAAGUGCCUACCCCGUCCAGCCUGCUUGGACCCAGGCAUUUUAACUACCACCCUUAUGAACAGUACCUUAAGGAAGUCAAACCUACCAAACAAGGCCCAGUGAUAUUUCCCAACGACGCGCCGCCUCCCCCCCGUCCCCCCCUCAUCGUGACGUCACGCCCCCUCACGGAGUCCAUAGCGAGAAGCGAACUCAACAACUCUGUGGCCGAGCAGAGCCGGGUGCACUACCAGUAUGAUUAUGAGCAAGAGCAACCCACUCUGCCGCCAAUCUACAGGGUGUUGUCAGAACACGCCAACAAUAAUCUACGGCAGCUGCAGAAAAAACCUACUCACAGUAAUUACAAGAUCAAGGAACCAGAUUACUCAAGACAAUACGAGAGUAACAACGUGAACGAUGAUGACAACAAUGAUUAUAAUCAAGCUCAAAAUUACGCGUUCUCCUACAUCGUGAGAGAUCACAAAACUGGCGAUGACUUCUCCCACUCCCAACAUAGCAGUGGUUCAGCCACCAACGGAGAGUACAGGGUUCGACUCCCGGACGGACGCAUGCAGAUCGUAUCUUACACAGCUGACGAAAACGGGUAUAAAGCUGAUGUAAGAUAUGAUGAUGAGAAAGCUACUGGAACUACUGACUAUAGGAACUACAACAAUCAUAAUCAAGAAAAACUUACUAAUACUGAUUACAGAAAUUAUCAACAAAAACAAAAUUACAUUACCGAUCAGAGACAUGAUAAUAAAAACGACGACAGAAACUACAUUGAUAAUUAUAUUAAUAAUGUAGAUUAUAACACUCAUUAUGAUUUUAAUAACGUUAAAAGAGUUAAUGAUGUAGAUAUACAUGAUACAAAACCAGUGACAGAAAAUCAUGCAUCUAAAGAAGAUUAUCAAUACAACGAUUCUAAAGAAUAUUACGGUAAUGAUUAUUCCUUAGAAUACGAAGAUAAAUAUAAUAAUUACGAUCCACACAAAAGUAAGUUCACGGCUUUUUCUGGACCUAAAAAUCCUAAAUUUGUACCUAAAAAGGCUUUUACAGCAUCCACAGUUGUGCCUUCGUAUGAGGAAUUGAAGCCACUGUUCAUUCAAAAGAAACCUUUUAAAUCAUCAUCGAAUAACGAGUAUUUAUACUCGAAAAUACCAAUUGAAAUCAGCGUUCCUUCAACCACACCUAGUCCAUACGAUGCAACUACUGAAAGGGUAGUAAUAAUAGGUGCAUCGAAACCAUUUUACACAAAUAUUAGGAGUACGGUUACUCCAUCUUUUAUACCUGUUACUCCAUCUUUUAUACCUGUUACUCCUGUCCCAAAAUACGUGAGUCCAGUAACGACGCCUAAAGGAUUUUUAGCAUCAACGAUCGCUUCUUUUGUUAAUUUGAAAAAGAAUAUCGACUUUUCUGGAGCAAAACCAGUAUUGACAAAUACUUUUAUCGAUAAGAUUAACAGAUAUUUAAGUUAUACUUGAACUACGUUUGUAGUAUUAAACUUAGUCUUCAAACAAUACCCAAAUACGAUUUCAAAUGUGAAAUAAGUAUUCAUAAAAAGUAUUUUGAAAAAAUACUUGAUACAUUUUUUUGAGUACCUACGAGUAUGUUAGAGUAAAAUGAAAAAGUAUUUAUACUUAGUAUUUUGAAAAAAUAUACUUAAUACUUUUUACUGAAGCUUUCAGUAUUACCAAAUAAAAUGUUAUGUU